AUGUCUCGCAAGUUGGUCACCGUUUUCGGCGCCACGGGCAACCAAGGCGGCAGCGUGGCAAGCCUCCUGCUGAGGGAUGGCGCCCUCAGGGCCAAGUACGCGGUGCGAGUCGUCACCAGGGACAGCAGCAAGCCGGCCGCCAAGGAGCUCGAGAAGCUGGGUGCCGAGCUGGCUCAAGCAGAUCUGAAAGAUGUUGCUUCGGUGAGCGCUGCGAUCAAGGGGUCGUAUGCCGUUUUCGGUGUCACAAAUUACUGGGAGUCCAUGUCGAGCGACAAGGAAGUGCAGCAGGGCAAGAACAUCGUAGACGCCUCGGUCAAGGAGGGUGUCAAACACCUCGUGUGGUCGAGUCUGCCUAACGCCACGCUCGUCUCCGGCGGUCAGCUGGUCCACGUACAGCACUUCGAUGGCAAAGCGGCUGUGCAGGCCUAUGCUGAGGAAAGCAAAAAGAAUGCCAAGGACCUGUGGACGACAUACUUCAUGCCGGCCUACUUUCUCUCCAAUCUCAAGACGUCAAUCGUUCCAGGCCAGCAGGGCGUCCCGACCUGGAAUGCGCCCUUCGAUGCCGAGAGGACCAAUGUGCCAGUGAUCGACAUCAACGCCGACACGGGCAAGUUCGUCGCCGGGAUCCUCGAGGCGGGCCAGGAGGCCGAUGGCGUGCAGGUGCAGGGUGUAAGCCAGUGGGCCAGCCCAUCGGAGAUCGUCCAGACGUUCAACGAUGCGAUUGGGAAGCAAGUGGCAUUCAAUCAGAUCCCGCUGGACAUCUUCAAGUCCUUCCUGCCCCCCGCAGUGGCAGAUGAGCUGGGCGAGAACAUGGUGCUGAUCGGCGACUACGACUAUUACGGCAAGGGCACGCGAGAAAAGCAGGCCCAGAGCGACCGGUUCCUGUAUCGUGGAGCUGACUGCCAGCUUCUAAAGCCGCACGCGAGCUCCAACCAAAUCACGAAGAAGCAGAAGUUCUUUCAGAAUCGACGAGCUAGCUCCGGUACAUGA